CGGGGUCGGCCAGUUUCUGGUAGUACCUUGCCGCUUGCAAUGACAGCUCGUACCAUGAUGCAAGCUGCCUCGCCGACGCUCGUCGGCUCGAUGGUCCUCGCCACCGCGUACGUCGCCGCCACGAGCCGCUCGGCGCCCGAACUUGCUGUGAAGCUCGUUGCGCUCGUCAUGGCCGCUGCGGGCUGGCUGCGUGCCAGGGCGAAAGCAGCGAGAACUAUGCCAGCAGCGAUGCCAGCGCCUAUCACUCGCCAAGACGAGAGCGACGACGUGUGCUUUGUGAAGCGCGAGGGCUCCAAGAAGGCCCGGGACGUGACGCUGGAAGAGACGAUUGUCGAGGAGAAGGUCGAGAACGGGCGCAUGGUGCGCACAUGCUCCAAGCGCAUGGCGACGAUUGUGUGCCCGCCGGAAGAGAACGAGAAGCACAUCCAAAUGUUCCUCAAGAACGACCGCAACGUGCUUGACGCGAUUGCCGCGCCACCGGCCGAGCCGUCGAGCCAAAUGACCAUGCCGACUGCAACGACGCCGCCGCCAACGACCCGCAUCACGCGAAGCACGUCGUCCACAACGAUCGGAGCUCCAUCCAGCGCGAUUGCCAAGGACGAGGCAGACGAGGCGCAUCCAUGGAGCGACUUGAUGGGGCCGGCGGCGGCUUGGCUGGCCGAGAAGGCGUGGACAACGGUGUCAGAAGGGCUCGUGACCAUUGCGCUCUGGUCGAUCUGCGGUGUCUUGUGGAACUCGGCCAACAACUUCAACUCGGACGCGACAUUUUGGAGCCUCUUUUGGAAGAAGCUGCAAGACGAGUUCAACACCGCGUAACACUCAAUGCACGUCCUACUUCACACGCCCUGGA